AAUGAGAGCACCAAGGGCAUGACCUCAAUCCAAGGGAAGGACUUGAAGCAGACCCACACUCCAGAAAAGUAUGAGGCCCUGAUCAAAGCUCGCAAGGAAUCUGGCAUGUGGUACCCCAGCACUGACUUCCCGGAUGACCCCGAUGAAACUCAGCUCAAAUUCAAUAAAGAAGCUUGGUAUUACAUGCCGGCUGCAAAGACCAUCACCCAGAAGGAUAUCACAUCCGAAAGCACGCAGCUAUCGGCAAGUACUGCUGUGGAUAGUGGCUUGCUAGAAGCCAUAACGGACUCAGACAACGGUUUCAUGCGUGGUGGGGCCAUGCCAGCUGUGGAAACCAUUUCGGCUGCUGGUAGCAAGGCUCUAUUGGAUGCUAUGGGUAAGGCGGUGGUGAAGAAGAAAGUGCCCAAGCCUGAGGAGGAUGAGAAGUCGAAGAAAGUUGAGCCGCAGACUAUUCAGGAGAAGCUUCAAGAGGGGAGUACUGAGGCUUUGAAGUUGGCCGGCCAGGCAAGGACUGAUUCGAUCACCCUUGCUGGCCUAGAUUACGCCGAUGAUCUCAGUGGGGCCCUCUUGAAGCAUGCCAACGCGACUGAAGAAGUCUACAAAAACGUUCAACUUGCGCUCAAGAAGAAGUCCAGCGACAAAGAUCUCAAACCCUUCGUUGCGGAGCUGGAAUCCAAAGUUCAAGUGCUGAAGAAAAUGAAGGCUGGGCGGAGUUCGUUGGGUACACGCGUCAAGAAAAGCAACCUUUUGGUCCAUCUCUGCUCAGCCCGUUCCCGAUCUGAGGUUGAGGGCCACGAGGUGAAGCCUCACACGGUCUCGGUGCUCCUGCCGCACGAGUUGAUUCACUGCUUGUCGCAAGAUGCAUUCGCGUUUAACAGCAUCUUUCUUGGGAACAUAAGCGAGUCUGGUCGUGUUGGGUUUUGGAGGCAUGCGCAGAACCUAGCUCCGUGGAGAAACCAUCCAUGCUUUGAACAAGAAAAUGUUUCGCUAGCAUCAUUGGUGCCUUUAACGGUACAUGGGGAUGGAGCCCAGUUCUUCAGAGAUGACGAGCACUAUGUUUAUAGCAUUUCAUCACUUUUUGGGUGCAAUGGAUGCAUACAGACUACACUUCUGAGCAAGUUCCCCAUUGCUAUAAUUCCUGAGCGGUGGAUGCGCUCCUCUCAAGCUCAAAAGUCUGUGAACCAGACAGUGGCGCAGCUGGUGGCCUGGUCGCUCAAAUGCUCCAUCUCGGGAGUAGGGCCUGACGUCGGGAUGUACGGUGAGACCUUGACUGGGUACAGGGCUGAAAUGAGAGGAGUGUCUUUGGGCCCUUGGAAGUGACCCGUCCGAGUGAAGGGUAUCUUUGAUCAUUUUCUGGUUUUGGUGAUAAAACAUACCCUAUAGAAUAGAGAGGUAAAUAAUGCUGUUCAAUCAACC